UAGUCGCGUCCGCAAGUCGAAGUUCUCAAUUAAAUUUUCUCUGAUCCACUCGUUUUUCUCUUCUUCGAUUAGAAUACUUGAAUCAUCAACUCCGAUUUCCCUUUCUGAUUUGUUUCCCCUGUGCAUCCAUUAAACCCUAAAUCUGUUCCUCGUUUUGAAUUCAAGAAGUAAGGAAGAUUUGAUAUGGCUUCAAAAACAGAGACCAAAGACAUCAUCACUCUUCGCGGUUCUGCGGCGAUUGUCAGCGAGUUCUUCGGAUACGCUGCGAAUAGCAUCCUCUACAACCGUGGACUUUAUCCGGAAGAAAGUUUUGUAAGGGUUAAGAAAUAUGGGCUUCCAAUGUUGCUUACUCAAGACGAAGGUGUUAAAUCCUUCAUCACUAAUCUAACUGCUCAGCUUUCUGAAUGGCUUGAAGCUGGGAAGCUACAAAGGGUUGUGCUCGUCAUAUUGAGCAAAGCAAAUAAUGAGGUUCUUGAGAGGUGGAACUUCAGUAUUGAAACUGAUGGCGAAGUUGUCGAACAAGGCGUGUCGAGGGAAAAGAGUGAUAAAGAAAUUAUGAGAGAGAUUCAAGCAAUUAUGAGACAGAUUGCUUCAAGCAUCACUUAUUUGCCCUGCCUUGAUGAACCCUGUGUAUUUGAUGUGUUAGCGUAUACUGAUAAGGAUCUUGCAGUUCCAUUUACUUGGAUUGAGAGUGACCCCAAACUGAUUGCCAAUCCACAAAUGGUGAAGCUGCAUUCUUUUGAUACCAAGAUUCACAGAGUGGACACACUUGUUUCUUACAAGAAUGAUGAUGAUGACUAAAAGCACUCCUAUCGCUUUUGAGGACAUUGUGAAUCUUUUAUUCACAUUUUGUAUUGCAAUGUAAUGAUUCAAUUAGAAUUUCACCCGAAUGAUUUGUUUGUUUGUUUGUUGUUCGGGUGGAACUUUGAGCAAAAUGUGACUUUUUCUCUAUAAAAAAACCUACUUUUUCGUUAUAAG